AUGUCUCGCGUCAUCAGCACUCUCCAUCAAAUCCGCAUUCUUACCACCAAGCGAUACGCAUGCAAGCUUGAAAGACAAGACCUUGACCACCUUUCGGAAAUCAUCAGAGGACUCGAAGGUGUAAAGCGGACAGUUGCCACUUAUGCACUAUCUACAGUACAUCAAGCCGUAGUUAAGGAGUUCUGCGACUUCGUCGGAUACCGAAAGAAGCAGAAGGGAUCUGUCAAGCAGCUGGUAAAGGAGAUAUACGAAAAGUUUGAAUUGGGAGUAGCACGAGUCGGACCAAAUUGGUUUGAGUGGCUAGAGCUUAUUGAGGAAGCACUGGACACGCUUGACGAGGAGGACGAAGAAGAGGAGGAACGACAAAGAAUAGAGGACGAAGAGAUUCAGGACCGGCUUCGAAGGAUCGAAGCCCAGAUCGAUCAGCUGGAACAGGAGCAUCGGUGA